UCCGAUUCGGAAAUCAGUGUUAGUUCAAUCGCGACACAGUGAGCAACAUGCAGCCGUUGCUUCUAGUGCUGGCCCUUUGUGUUUCCCAAAUCGUUGCCCUACAUCCAGGGCCGCGACCCGACUACAACGAUGAGUACGAUGAUGAUGCCAGGCCCGUUUGGCAACCGGAACCCCUGAAGCCGGCCCCCUGGCAGGAGAAUCCCCAACAGCCACAGCCACCACAACCACCACAGUCGCAAAAACCGAGAGCCGUCGUCCAAGUGCCCGGAAUCGGUCAGGUUUCGGGAAUUGCCUUACCGACUGGCAGUCGGCCAGUAAACGCCUUUCUGGGCUUGCGGUACGGUAUCGUUGGGGAAGGACUUGCUCGCUUCCAGGCUGCCCAACCGGUCGGAUUCCAAGGCAGAGUUGAUGCCACCCUCAGGAGUCCCAAUUGCGCCCAGUUUCCGGAGCUCGAUCGCCUGAGGGAUGCUGAGUCGCGCGGCGAGAAUGUCGACGACUGUCUCACCCUGGACAUCUACGCACCCGAGGGCGCCGAUCAGCUGCCCGUUCUGGUCUUCGUUCACGGCGAGAUGCUCUUCGACGGCGGCUCCGAGGAGGCCCAACCGGAGUACAUCCUCGAGAAGGACGUCGUCCUGGUGUCCAUCAACUAUCGCCUGGCUCCCUUCGGCUUCUUGAGUGCUCUGAGCGAAGAGCUUCCCGGAAACGUGGCCCUUUCGGAUCUGCACUUGGCCCUCGAGUGGCUGCAGCGCCAUCUGGUCCACUUCGGCGGCAAUCCCGAAAAGGUGACGCUGGUGGGUCAGGCGGGUGGUGCCACAUUGGCGCACGCCCUCAGCCUCAGCGGUCGGGCGAAGAACCUUUUCCAGCAGCUGAUCCUGCAGUCGGGCACCGCCCUGAAUCCCUACUUCAUCGACGAGCAGCCCCUCCAGACCCUGGACACCUUCGCCCGCCUGGCCCGCUGCCCCCCGCCGCCCACUCCCUCCACGCCCCGUGGCCUUGCGCCCCUCUACGACUGCCUCGCCGCACUGCCCACCUCCCAGCUGGCCGCCGCCUUCGAGCAGCUGCUGCAGCAGAACGAGCCCAUCGGCCUCACCCAGCUGGGCGGCUUCAAGCUGGUGGUCGGCGACCCCCUCGGCUACCUGCCAAAACACCCCUCCUCCUUGGCCGCGAACAGCAGCAACGCCCUGCCCAUGAUUGUGGGCGCCACCAAGGACGCCAGUGCCUUCAUCGUGUCGCGUAUCUAUGACCAGAUCGCCAAUCUGCGGUCAAGCAAUGUGAGUGACUACAUCGAUGUGGUGCUGCGGCACACAGCUCCGCCCAGCGAGCACGGCACUUGGAAGCAGUGGGCACUGAACGAGAUCUUCAGUCCGGACCAGCAGUACAGGGCCAAUGCGCAAUCCGUGAUCCAAGGCUUGCUCGAGUUAAGCAACUACAUCCUAUACAGAGCACCGGUGAUCAAGACGAUCCGUGAGUCGUACCGCUCUACGCCGGCCUAUCUGUACUCCUUUGACUAUCGGGGCCAGUAUCACCGGUUCGGGCACCUGAAGAAUCCCCUGCCCUUUGGGGUGGAUGCCUCUCUUAGCGACGACAGCGUGUACUUGUUCCCCUUCCCGCAGGAAGCCAGUGAUUUGAACCCCUUGGAUAAGGCCGUGUCCCGCGCCUUGGUUACGAUGUGGGUGGACUUUGCAAUUUCUGGUGUACCCAAUCCGACUUACGGUGUGUGGCCGCGGGCCACCUCGGAGUAUGGUCCAUUCCUACGCUUCACCAACUCUCACCAAACCCCGCUGGAGCUGGACCCGCACUUUGGCGAGGGCAUUUACCUGCCCAAUUACAGCGUAAGGAGGUUCAAGCCAUCCGCUUAUGUCCCAGUGCCAUCCGCUUAUGUCCCAGUGCCAUCCGCUUAUGUCCCAGUGCCAUCCGCUUAUGUCCCAGUGCCAAGAGUUCAGGCUACCACGACGACGACAACCACUACAACUACAACGACCAGACGCCCGUCUGGUCCGUCGUACGCAUACAAUCCGUAUGCCAAUUGGCAAAACAGGCAAGCCCAGCAGCCCACUUGGCAUCCUUCGGAUCCAGAAUACGUGAGGGCCCAGGAAGCCCGCCAACAACAGUUUAUCCGAGAAAGGGAGCAACGUAGGCGAGAGCAGCAGCAGCGAACUCACCCGAGCCGAAGUUACGAGCAGGAAGAGCGAUUGCGACAACAGCGAGAGCAAGAAGAGCGUGAGCGACAGCAGCGAGAGCAGGAAGAGCGAUUAAGAAGGGAGCAAGAAGAGCGACUCCGUCAACAGCGAGAGCAGGAAGAGCGCGAGCGACAGCAGCGAGAGCAAGAGGAACGUGAGCAGCAAGAACGAGAGCAGCAAGAACGUGAGCAGCAAGAACGUGACCAGCAGGAACGAGAGGAACAAGAACGAGAGGAACAAGAACGAGAACAACAGCCCGAGUAUAGUCCAAACGAAAACCAUUGGGUCUUCGAUUCCUACGAUGAUGAGCGACUUCCGGAAGAAGAGCAACAAGAACGAGAUCAACAGGAACUUGAGAAACAGCAACGAGAGCAGCAAGAACGAGAGCAACAAGAGCGAGAACAGCAGGAACGAGAACAGCAGGAACGAGAGCAACAAGAACGAGAGCAACAAGAGCGUGAGCAACAAGAGCGAGAGCCACAGCCCGAAUACGAUCCAGAUGAUGGUCGGCUUCCCUAUCCCUCAUACGAGCAAUAUGGCCAAGAAGACCACGAUGGUCCUGCAGAAUCGGACCCGGAGCGCAGCUACAACGUGGAGCAAGAGCGCGAACAGCAGCGGCAAGAGCAACUGCGCCGAGAGCAGCAGGAUCGCGAGGAGCAAGAGCGAGAACUGCAACUCGCUCAGCAAGAGCGAGAGGAGCGAGAGCGAGAACAGCAGGAGCGAGAACAGCAGGAGCGAGAGCAGCAGGAGCGAGAGCAGCAAGAGCGCUAUGGAGACGAUCAGGCCGAAGAUAAGCCGGAAAACUAUCCCAGCUACGAGGAUUACAUCAAAGCCCAGGAAGCGAAAAAUUCGGAACAAGAUCGGCUCUAUGAAGAGGCGCAGGAGCGCGAGCGUCAGCGCCAGGAGCAAUUGGAACAGGAGGGUCAACAGGAGCCGGAAGCAAAUCAGCCAGAAGAACGUCAGCCGUAUCCCAGUUACGAAACGUACGAUUCCGGUCGCAACUAUGAUGAAGAACGGGAUCGCGAUGAUGAGCGAAGAAAUCAGGUGGAACACGAGAGGGAACCACAGCCUAGCGAGGAUCAGGGCGACAAUCGCAACGGCGACUCCGAUAACGAGGAAUACGACAGGUCCCAGGAAGAGGCUGUGGACCACAAUGCUCUCAAGGUCGAGGACUUCCCCACCUACGAGGCUUACCUGGCUGCCGCCCUCAAACAGCAACAGGAUCAAGAGGAGCAGGAGCGGCUGGAGGAGGAGCGCAUUAGGGCUCAACAGGAGGAGGAGGACCGAGCCCGGGAAGAGGAGGAACGCGCCAGGGCCCAGAAUCUGAGGGAACGCUAUGCCCGCGAACUGUCAUCACUGAACAGCCUGGUCAACGGUCCACACCACCUGAAGGCCGUGCGCAAUACACUUUAAAUUUCGAAUUAUACAAAUCAUAUUCCGACAAAAUACAAAUUGUAGUACUUUAAAAAAUGUUUUUCCUUCGCAUAAUGUUUUUUGCUUAAGUGGGUCACAUUUCUAUAUUAUCGCACACAUUUUUGUCUAAUCAAAAAUAAACCUUUGAAAACAUUUAAACCGAAA